AUGAAAAAGCAGGAGGAAAAUUUAAAACAAGAGUUUAAAGCAGCUUCUCCCAAUAGUUCCGAAAGAGCAAGGAUUAAAAAUCAAUUAACCCGACUCCAAAACGAAAAAUUUGAUAAAGGAGAAUGCAGACGUAGGGUCGAAAGUAAUAUUGAAAAAGAAGAAUUUUUUCACCGCUUACAAAACCCGACCGGUUCAGCCACCAACCCCGCCGAUUUAGCCAGUUCAAUUAAGGAGGAAUUAAGAGCCGUUUUGAACGGAAGCAAAAAAAUGGAAACUGGCGACAGAGUGGGAGAGAUUUGCGAAGCCAACCAAAGUAAAGAAUUUUGCUAUUUUGGUUUGAAGGAAGAAAUUGAAGAAAUGAUUGCCAAUUUGCCCCGUAAACGCCAAGAACCGCUUGAUAUUGACAAAAUAACUACUCGGAUGGUGCGAGUUAAGCGAAAAGAUUUAGCGGCGGCUGAUUUUGAUGAAAUAAUUAGUUUAAUUCGCCAAGUCAAGAACUUUUUAGAGGAAAAAGAUAAACAAGAACAGCAAAACACUGAAAAUAUAAAACUGAAUAACCCGCAUUUAUUCACCCAAUGA